CACAACGCGAAUAUCCCAACUAUUGAAUGUUUUUGCACACUUGCUGUUCUCUAACAAGGAACUGAGAGAGAGAGCAGUACCUUGCCCUGCAGUAUUGACACACAUGACUGGUUUUUAUGUAAAACCGAGUUAAUUUUCAUCCUAAAAUCAAGUCAGUUUUAUUUCUAUAGCGCCAGUUUACAGCAGACGUUAUGUCGAGAAAUGUGACAUAUGGAGCAGGUUGAGACCCUCGCAUUUCAGAGAACCAAUUGACAACCAGUCAAGGUUGGCCAGCAAUUGGUUCUCUGUCACCCAAUCACAGACGAGUUUACUCACUGACAGCGUAAACAAGGAAGUAGACGCUAAUGGCCGGGAUUGCUGAAUAGUACUGCUAUGGCCGUAAGGAGUGUCCCCUUGUGCUUUGUCUCGCUCACAUCUGCCGCUGAUGAAUCGGAGGGCCUCCUCCACUUUCCCUGCAGAGGACUUCAUGGACGACUGGCUCUUCGUCUCUUCCACCUCAGCUGGUUCUCAGAGCCCAGAAGGGAGUAGAGAAGAGACAGAGGAACGAAGCAAACUCGCAUCCAAGUUGGUCUCAGCGUGGAACAGUGUCAAAUAUGGCUGGUCCUUAAAGCAAAAAUCCACUUUCAGGAAGACCUCUCCUGUGAUCAUGCUGGGAAAUUCAUAUAGUCUUAACGAUCAAGGUCAGAGUGAGUCUUUCCACCACGCUUUUGCAUCGCUUCUGUGGUUGACAUACAGACGAGGCUUCCCUCCGCUGGCAGGCGGCUCGCUGACCACUGACAGCGGCUGGGGAUGUCUUCUCCGCACAGGGCAGAUGUUGUUGGCGCAAGGGCUGCUUUUACAUCUUAUGCCUCAAGGCUUGACAACUUCUGUGAGCCACCAUGUGUUCAAAGACGACAUGGAUCUCCCAGGGGUCCGCCCGGGGCUCCGCCCUGAAACCAGCGGCGUGUGUACACAAAACUCCAAAGGGCUCAGCAAGAGGGGCCGAACACUGAGUUUGGGUUCCCUCUUGGACAGGCGCAUGGAGUCCACACACAGGAGGGUGGUAUCAUGGUUUGCGGAUCACCCCUGGGCUCCCUUUGGGAUACACCAGUUGGUGGAGUUGGGCAAAACAUUAGGGAAGAAGGCAGGGGACUGGUACGGUCCCUCCAUUGUGGCACAUAUCCUGCGGAAAGCUUCUGAAGCAUCAAGUCUCCUUCCCGAUCUUGUCAUCUAUGUUGCCCAAGAUUGCACCAUCUACAAAGAGGAUGUGAAAGUGUUGUGUGCACCGCCUUGUGGCAUCCCAGCUGAAACUAUUCAGCUGUGGAAGUCCGUCAUCCUCCUGGUGCCUGUGCGGCUUGGAGGCCAAGAUCUCAAUCCUGCCUACAUCGCCUGUGUCAAGAAACUCUUGAAGUUACAAUGUUGCAUUGGUAUCUUCGGGGGCAAACCAAAGCACUCCCUCUUCUUUGUUGGUUUCCAAGAUGAGCAUCUGUUGUACUUGGAUCCUCAUUACUGUCAACCCACAGUGGAUUUAACAAAGGACGACUUCCCCUUAGAGUCAUUUCACUGUAAAUAUCCAAGGAAAAUGCCUUUCUGUCGCAUGGAUCCCAGCUGCACCAUAGGAUUCUACGCCAAAGGCCAGAAGGACUUUGAAAUGCUGUGCAUCGUUGUCGAUGAGGCGCUCUCCACAGCUGUGGACACCUAUCCCAUGUUUAUUUUCUCAGAAGGUCAUAGUCAAGAGGAGGAGGAAAGCGACCCCCCCACCAACAACCUCACUUAUAUCAAGAGGAAAAAUCAGCGAAGGAGAGUCGACACCUGCAACAGCAUGGAUGAGUUUGUUCUGUUGUGAGCCCCCGUCAGAAACGGCCUGAUGGAGGCUUACAAGUCGUAGGUGUUGAGCGUUAGAUCAGGGAUGCAACACAUCAUUUUUACUGCUGUUUAUUUUACUCUGGUGAAGCUUGAUAUAUUUUUCUCAUACAUGUUUCCAAAACCUCCAGUGAGUAGAAUCACUCACCAUGAAGAUGGAUCCAUAUGACUGUGACAAAUACACAAAUACAAAGUGCUUCCAACCAGCAUGUGACCAGCAAGUCACCAGGGAUGUAUAGUCCUUAAAUGGGACUCAGGAAAAACACUAACUCUCGGUGGUCUGUGCAUUCUGAUUGCAUUUUAUCACGAUAAACAAAUGAUUCAAAUGUGUGUCGUAUGACUUAUUAUUUUAUGAUCAUAUAUAUUGUUGUCGGGUGUGCAUUUAGUCAUUAGUCAUCCUUGUACUGCACUGACAAACAU